CGGACUCGCAUGGUACUAUGUCUGUAUCUAUUCGAAGUUGCUCCGUUGGAAUACACAUAGCGCUUGUGUUACUGGAUUUGUAUUGUACAGCAGCGUACGGACAGCUCUCCUACUCCGUCUCUGAAGAGGCAAACCCCGGGACGUCUGUUGGAAACCUCGCGAAGGAUCUGAACCUCAACCUGCAGGAAUUGGGUUCGCGUAGGUUUCAGAUUGUCACCGGUUCAAAGAAAAGGCAUUUCGAGGUAGAUCUAAAGACUGGUGUUCUCUUUGUCAAAGAACGGAUCGACAGGGAGGAGCUGUGCGCCAAAGCUAGAAAAUGCACCGUAAACGUAGAGGCAGUCCUCAACGAUCCUCUAGAACUUCAUCGAUUAGAAGUGAACGUUUUAGACAUUAAUGAUAACGCACCAUUUUUCACAGAGAUGUUGCAGUCUCUUAACAUCGCCGAGAGUACAUUCCCAGGAAAGAAAUUCGGCCUUGUAGAGGCAUCGGACGUAGACAUUGGCAAGAACGCCGUGAAUACAUACAAGCUCAGUUCUAAUGAUCAUUUUUCGUUAGAUAUUCAUAAAGGGGGAGACAGUCCGUCUGCCGAGUUAGUUUUGCAGAAGCCGCUAGACCGAGAGAAACAGGCUCUGAUAAAGCUUACGUUGACCGCAGUAGACGGAGGAAAUCCUCCUAAAUCAGGAACGUCACAAAUAAUUAUUAAUGUUUUAGACAACAAUGACAAUUCUCCAGUAUUCAGUAAAUCACUGUACAAAACACAAAUUAUAGAAAAUGUGCCGACAGGAACAACAGUGGUCAUACUUGAAGCAACAGACGCAGAUGAAGGGGUAAAUGGCGAAAUUGAAUAUUCACUCAGGGGUAAAGGCCAGGAUCUAAUUUUAGAUUUAUUUGAUAUUGAUUUUAAAAGCGGUGCAAUAACAAUAAAAGGUCCAAUAGACUUUGAAGAAAACUCUGCGUUUGAGAUCCACGCCCAGGCCAGUGACAGAGGCCAGCCUCCGAUGUCAGCUCACUGUAAAGUACUCGUAGCGGUAGUGGACCUCAACGACAACGCUCCGGAGAUCACCGUGACGUCACUCAUGACGGCGGUGACAGAGGACGCUAAAAAAGGAACCGCUAUUGCUCUGGUUACCGUUCUGGACGAAGACGAUGGUAUAAACGGUGUGGUAAAAGCGGUUAUCGCCAAUGACAAUGACCCACCAUUUAAACUUCAGACGAACUACAAAAACUAUUAUUCCUUAGUAGUUAACGGACCUCUGGACAGGGAGACCGUCUCCCAGUACACGGUGACUAUUAUAGCAACUGAUGAAGGGUCCCCGCCUCUCUCGGGCACUGCCGUCGUCACCGUUCACGUUUCUGACGUCAACGACAACGAGCCCCGCUUCACGGAGCCCGUGCUGAACGUGUACGUCCGAGAGAACGGGCCGGUGGGGGUCGUUGUUAAGACGGUUUCUGCGGUUGACGCUGACGUCGAUCAAAACGGUCAAGUGAAGUAUUCGUUUUUGCCGAGCAGUGGUUCACCUUUGCCACUAUCUUCAAUGAUGAAUAUUAAGUCAGAAACUGGGGAGGUUUCAGCCCUUCAAUCAUUUAACUACGAGGAAUUAAAAUCGUUUCAGUUUAAAGUUCAGGCCACGGACUCUGGAAUCCCUCCCCUUAGCAGUAACGUGACAAUUAACGUUUGUAUCUUGGAUGACAAUGACAACAGUCCCGGGAUUCUACCCCCCUAUUCUGAACACGGAUCCGUUAACAGUGAGAACAUUCCCUACUCUGCUGAAGCGGGAUACUUUGUGGCUAAAAUCAGGGCCGUAGACGCAGACUCUGGUUACAAUGCACUGCUUUCUUACCACAUCUCUGAGCCCAAAGGAACCAAUCUCUUUCGGAUAGGAACCAGCACCGGUGAAAUCAGGACUAAGAGACGGAUGAUUGACAAUGACUUGAAAACUCACCCGUUGGUGGUGUUGGUAUGUGAUAACGGAGAGCCCUCCCUGACAGCUACUGUGUCUAUUGAUGUCGUUGUGGUUGAAAACACAGGAGACCUUCAGACUCAGUUCAGACAUGUGCCGCUAAAGGAGGACAGCUUCUCUGCUUUAAACCUGUAUUUGCUGAUCGCCAUCGCGUCUGUGUCAGUGAUCUUUCUACUGAGUCUCAUCAGUUUAAUAGCAGUCAAAUGCCACCGGACAGACAACAGUUUCAGCAGGUACAGCGCCCCAAUGAUCACCACCCACCCUGACGGGAGCUGGUCUUACUCUAAAUCUACUCAGCAGUAUGACGUGUGUUUCAGCUCAGACACACUGAAGAGUGACGUCGUAGUGUUCCCUCCUCAAUUCCCGCCUGUUGAUGGAGAACUUAUCAGUAUAAACGGAGGAGACACUUUAAGCAGGACUCAGACUUUACCAAACAAAGAUAAGGUAAGAGCAACAAUUUACGUCAUAACAUUUGACUGGGCGUUUUUACUUUUCUCAUGAUCUAAACUGUUUUGCAGCAAAUCUCAAGGCAUCAAAUCCAUGUAUUUCUAAACUUUACUGCAUUAUAAACCUUUUUUCUUCAACAUAUUUUUAAUGAUUUAUUAUUAUGGAGUAAAUAAGGCUCCUUCGUCAAUGGCUAUGGUAGCCACUGAAUGGACCACUGUCCUUGGUGCUGAAACGGUAUUCAAUAGGCUUGUAACCGCGUUCCGCUAGACUGGAAUGAUUCAUCCUCAUAAUGGAGCACAAUAAUUUGUUGUUGAAAAUGUACUGCAUUUGAAUGU